AUGGCGAAGGGAGAAGGCCCUGCGAUUGGAAUCGACCUCGGCACGACCUACAGCUGCGUGGGCGUGUGGCAGCACGAUCGCGUGGAGAUCAUCGCCAACGACCAAGGCAACCGCACCACCCCGUCCUAUGUGGCAUUCACUGACACGGAGCGCCUGAUUGGUGACGCAGCCAAGAACCAAGUGUCGAUGAACCCCGUCAACACCGUUUUCGAUGCGAAGCGUCUCAUCGGGCGGCGGUUCUCCGACGCGGCCGUGCAGAGCGACAUCAAGCUGUGGCCGUUCAAAGUGAUCGCAGGCGCGGGCGAGAAGCCAAUGAUCCAAGUCGAGUACAAGGGCGAGACGAAGCAGUUCGCCGCGGAAGAAAUCUCGUCCAUGGUGCUGACGAAAAUGAAGGAGAUUGCGGAAGCAUACCUCGGGACUACUGUGAAGAGCGCGGUGGUGACGGUUCCGGCGUAUUUCAACGAUUCUCAGCGCCAAGCGACGAAAGAUGCGGGUGUGAUUGCUGGGCUGAACGUGAUGCGCAUUAUUAACGAGCCGACUGCAGCUGCUAUCGCGUACGGGCUCGAUAAGAAGAACAGCAGCGCGUCCGAAAAGAACGUGCUGAUUUUCGAUCUCGGCGGUGGAACAUUCGAUGUCUCGCUACUUUCGAUCGAGGACGGUAUAUUCGAGGUGAAGGCGACGGCUGGCGACACGCAUUUGGGCGGCGAGGAUUUCGACAAUCGCAUGGUGCACCACUUCGUCCAGGAAUUCAAGCGAAAGUACAAGAAGGACCUGAGUAACAACCCGCGGUCCCUUCGCCGACUUCGCACGGCCUGCGAGCGCGCCAAGCGAACUCUGUCCUCCACCGCGCAAACCACCAUCGAAAUCGACUCGCUAUACGAGGGAAUUGAUUUCUACACCACCAUCACCCGCGCGCGCUUCGAGGAACUCAACAUGGAUAUGUUCCGAAAGUGCAUGGAUCCGGUGGAAAAGUGCCUCAAGGACGCGAAAAUGUCUAAGGCGCAGAUUCACGACGUGGUGCUCGUCGGCGGAUCCACGCGUAUCCCCAAGGUGCAGCAGCUCCUUCAGGACUUUUUCAACGGCAAGGAGCUCUGCAAGAGCAUCAACCCCGACGAGGCCGUGGCGUACGGUGCGGCGGUUCAGGCGGCGAUUUUGAGUGGCGAGGGGAACGAGAAGGUGCAGGACCUGCUGCUGCUCGACGUGACGCCGCUUUCGCUUGGAUUAGAGACGGCGGGAGGCGUUAUGACGGUGCUGAUUCCGCGGAAUACCACGAUACCCACUAAGAAGGAGCAGGUUUUUUCAACCUUUUCGGAUAACCAGCCGGGGGUGCUUAUUCAGGUGUUCGAAGGUGAACGGGCUCGGACCAAGGAUAACAAUCUGCUCGGGAAGUUCGAGCUUUCGGGAAUUCCGCCGGCGCCACGUGGUGUGCCGCAGAUCACCGUGACGUUCGACAUCGACGCGAACGGCAUCCUAAACGUGAGCGCGGAGGACAAGACUACGGGGCAGAAGAAUAAGAUUACCAUUACGAAUGAUAAGGGCCGACUGAGCAAGGAGGAGAUAGAGCGGAUGCUGGAGGAAGCAGAGAAGUACAAGGACGAUGAUGAGCAGCACAAGAAGCAGGUGGAGGCGAAAAACGCACUCGAGAACUACUCGUACGUCAUGCGUAACACGGUUCGCGACGACAAAAUCGGGGGGAAGCUCUCGCCUGAGGAUAAGAAGGCGAUCGAGAGGGCUGUAGACGAGACGAUCGAUUGGCUGGAUAAGAACCAGCUCGCCGACGUGGACGAAUUCGAGGACAAGCAAAAGGAGCUCGAAGGCAUUUGUAACCCGAUCAUUGCGAAAAUGUACCAAGGCGGGGCUGGACCCGUGCCAGGGGCGGGAGGUAUGGGGGACGUGCCCAUGGGAGGUGGUUACUCUAGCGGAGGUGAUGGGCCGAAGAUUGAGGAGUUGUCGAUCAUCGAGCCCGUUAUCUUCGCUGCUCGCCGUCGCUGCAGCGCGCCGAGUUUACAACUCGCCGCUGCUGCGCGUCACUCUCCGUUGGCCUCUCGCCGCUGGUUUCCGUCUCAAGGCCGCGGCAAAUUCCAGGACAAUGUUCGUGAGGAUAAUCGCGACGACCUUCGCGUCAACGUUCGCGACCACAUUCGCGACGACGGCCGUGGCGGAAUUUUAUUCGACAUUUGCAAUGGCUUUCGCGACGUUAUCCGCGACGGCGCUCGCGACAACAUUCGCGACCGCGUUCGCGACGACAUCCUUCCCCUGGCCCGUCAAUCACACGGCAGUGGCACCGGACAGCACUGGUGUCAGUGGUGGGGGAAGAUCCUGAGGCUCUACUGGCAAGGCCACGUGGACUGCUCCUUCGUUACAGCCAGGCGGCAGGAUGACACGUGCCAUCCAUCAGACUUCGUGCAUGCCUUUGACACGAACAGCGGGUUCACCCGAGCACAGGAGAUCGACAUUCUCGGCAAAAUUUCAGGCAUCUCGUUUUCUCCUGAUACAGAAGCACUCUUCACUGCCGUGGCGGACCGCACGUACGGUACAGACUCUGCUGGACUAUACCCAAGCGCAUUCGUACGAUUAUUUUAA